AUGACUAUUGAAAAUAAUACUAGUUCAAGUACAUACUUAAGUAAUACUAACUUUGGGAAUGAACAAAACAACCUAAAGGAUCCUAUAUCUAAUAAUCAUAAGAACAAAAUUGAAAGUAGUACUUUAAAUAGAAAAGAAUAUCAAGCCCUACUGGACAGGUUCAGAAGAAAACAUAUAUCUAACUAUUCUGCAAAUGACUUUAAUGAUACAUUAGAAAAAUUUAAUGAUGUAGUCGAAGAUGUAAAUACUUACACAAUUAACAAGGCUAAUAAUAAUGAUAAAGUCAAAACCCAAACUCAUAGACACAGCUCAUCUUUCGAUGAACUAGAUAAAAAUCCAAAUGACAAAUUAAAAAUAGAUGACGCAACUAGAACGAAAUUGUUUCAUGCAUUUUUCACAACGGUGAAUAAGAAUGCUGACACAAACUCCGUUACGGAAGAAUCUGACGUUCUCGAGUUCGAGGAUAACAGUAUAUAUUUGAAUGAUAGUGAUCUUUAUGGAUCUUAUGAUAAUGGAACGUAUGGGCUCGCUAAGUCUUUAAGUGUGAUGCGGCGGAGGUUCUAUAAUGAGUCAUUAACCUUACCUGAGCGAAAACCCUCACCCUCUCAUGUUCCUUCAAUUAGAAGAGCGCUACAGACCCCGAGGCCCGACUUUAUGGAUGGUAAGUGCUUGAAUUUCUUAAAUAAACUUCUACAACUACUAUAA